AUGGCACAGCAUCACAAAUCGUCCUGCCCUCCACCGCUGCCCAACCAGCAGCCGCAGCAGUCUCGGAUCGGGAUUAUCGGUGGAAUGUCGUAUGCCUCGGCCAAGACCUACUACAUGGAGCUCAACCGGUUGACGCAGGAAACCGCGGCGAAGCGGGGACUGAACCCGCUGACGUCCUGUGAUUUGAUCCUCCGCUCGGUGAACUUCGCGGAAAUCGAGGAAUUGCAGAAGCAGGGCGACUGGGCGAGAGCGGGCGAAAUUCUGGCGGAUUGUGCCGCGGAGUUAAGGUGAGCUUGCACCUUGUUUCCGACUUUUGUAUACAUCAUUGAGUUUCAUAGAUUGCAUUGCACAUAGACACUGAGCAAUGUUGGCAUUGACAGUGCCCCGAGAUAAUAAUGCGUUACCUCUUGUUGAUGCGUCUCGUUGCACGUAGGAGCAACACAUUCGUUGUAAUUUUUGCGUGUCCUCUUUUGUGACAUGCUGAUAUCAGACCUCGAAUCGAAGAAAUGGAAUUCUACAGGGCCGGCGGCGCCGAGUUUGUGAUUCUCGCGACCAACACGAUGCACAAGGACAAGUGUGCGGAAGCGAUUGAGCGCAAACUUGGAGAGUGUGAGAGCUUCCUGCCUGCCACCGGGGCGAAGCUGAAUCAGGACAAAGGAUCUCGUAACAGCGACCAUCAGCUGAAAUCCUCUCUCUCCUCUCCAGGGUCGUCCGAUGCCGCCUCGGACGCAGGAGCAGGCGGCGACGCGGCAUCGAUUGACGAACAACACGAGUCCUCCGACACUCAUACUUACGCCAUCGAAUCGCAAAACCAUCGAUCAGAUGAAAAUAAGGGCAAAGCCCGCUUCCUGCAUCUCGCGGACGCGACCGCUUCCGCUAUCAAAAAAGCUGGGUUCCAAAAACCUGGCUUGAUGGCUACGGCCUACACGAUGGAGCAAGACUUCUACAAGAGCAGGCUGCAAAACCAAGGCUUGGAAGUGCUCAUUCCGGGAGAGGAGGAUCGCAAGGAGUGCCACCGGAUCAUCUUCGAGGAGCUGUGCAAAAACAUCAUCAAAGACAACAGUAGAACUGCAUACGAGGAGAUCGCCGGACGCCUGAAGGAAAACGGCGCGGACUGCUUGAUUCUGGGUUGCACGGAGGUGGGGUUGCUGUUGAGCCUGGAGAACAGCCCCUUGCCACCGUUCGACACGGCGUUGAUUCAUUGUGAAGCCGCCGUGGCCCGAGCGUUUGCUGGGGAGGAACAGGCGUGAAGGUGAAUGAUUUUGGAGAACGUAAGAACGGGCGGAGCGCGUCGAAGAUGCUAGAAGAGUGGUGACCAACUAUUCACGACGUAAAUAGUUGAUCAUAAUAUGAUCAUCGAGAAGGUCAAUUGGUAGGGACAGUGCGAAAAAGAGGACUCAGAAGUAGCCUGAUCCACUAGAACAAGUGACUCUCGGCUUCGUCUAUCACGAUGUUGAUAUACAUGCUGUACUUCUACCUCCUGUCUUGUGAUCGCUGCUGCGCCAGGGCCAGAUGCUGUAUGAGGACCUGCAGGCGUUGGGUCAGAUUCUGUCGCGCGUCGCGGUUGACGCGCGACAGGAUCUGACACAUUUUGGACAGCAGUAGACACGAAGAUCUUCUACUCAGCAAGAAACCUGCGUUUGGUUUUGUGCAUAACAAAAGCAACUGAUAUGAUAGAUGCUCACCCCAAUGGUAAUGGAAUUGAAGCAGCACUAUAAUAUGUAGUUUACGUCCACUUGAUGAUUUGGAACGAGAUUAUGUGUAUGAUCUUGUGAAACAUGUUUUCUGUACGAACUAGUUGAUGAUAUUUGUUAGAUUAAUACCAACUUUCUUACAGUCUGAUGAUCAUAGAACACGAUCAGGUACAACUAGCAGCACGAGG